AUGAAUACAGAUGCCGUCAGCACAACAGACGAAGCCUUUGCCAGCACUUUUUCGAUAAACUCCGAUCCAAAAACACCACCUCACUUCUUCCUGCCUACUCUUGAGACUGCCGGAACCAAUUCUGAGGUAGGCAGUGACAAUUGCGAAGGCUCCUGCGCACCGAUUGGUCAGCUGAUCGUGAACCAGACGAAUUCAGACGUCUUGUCACAGACUACUGAUGACUUAUCGCUUUCUUGUGAGCAUAUUUCUUCUAACGGACAUAUGGAAAUCCAAUCCCUUCAGGACAAGCCACAAUUCUCUACUGAUCAAAAUUAUCAUCAUUUGUAUCGCCAUUCGCUUCGGGCCCAUAGAACCUAUUGUGUCACUCCGAAGCGCUUAACAAAUUGGUACCAGUGCUGCUCCGAAGUUCUUUUGAUGGUUCAUCUUCAGCUUUAA